AUGCCAGGCUUCGAUGGUGUUCGCGCUCGGGGAGGGGUGUUUCUCUCUUCUAGGCCGAAUGAGAAGUGCACUCUCUACGUGCUUAGUAGCAUCGUGAAGAUGCACUUUGCUACUAGUGUGACGUUGACCGACAGGGUGCAACAGUACGCUUCUAGCCACACAUACAAUCAUAACCUGUUCAACUCAUGGGCUCACGGGCUUCAUUUCCACAUCUCGAUCCCCCGGUCUCUUCCUUCCUCCCACUCUCCUCCCGGCAAAACGCCCUCUUCCCAUGACCUCGCAGAUUCCUCUGCUACAAUCUCUCAUCCGACGAAAACAACCGUGUAUGUUUCCCUUUCCGGCAUCAUUCACAUCGACCCUCCUUCGAAGUUUGAAUUGGCUCCGUCUCCGUCCAAGGAACGAACAGUAUGGCUGGGAAGCGCUACGGUCGAUAUAUUCUUGAGCGUGUCUGGACGUGCCGCGACCGUUGUAGAGUAUCAGUAUGGCGACAAGGCCUUCAAUCCCUCCUCGGCGCUACAGCCUGAGUCCUCCGUAGACAUAUCGGGUUCGACGGUGAAUAUCCAGGAUCGUAACGGCAAACUCGGGAGGCACUUCGCCAGCUUUGCAUGGGAAGCAGACUGUGGCGUAUGUAGAGCAAAGUACAGUUAUUCCACACGAUGUGAUCUGCUGGAGCAGACGCAAGAAGAAAUCCGAUACUCUCUUGUACUAUCUGUUGAUGGAAGCAAGAUGGAAUAG